AUGUCUUCCACUCUUGACAGAAAGGAGACAUGGAGUCUCUUGUCGUUGUUCGGCGGCUCGUUGGCGGUUUUGGCAAACACUUUUCAAGGUGAUGGAGCGCCUGUGGUAGCCUCGAUUGCUUUCUCAGUAUUGGCUUUUACAGUCACCUAUGCCUUUGUACGAUGGUCAGGGCCAUCAUUCGCCAAAGCAGGUAUGAAAGGAAAAGACUUGAGUAAGCGCGACGCGAGAGAGAUACCCGAAGGAAUGGGAUCAGUGGCUGCAGCAGUCUUCAUCCUCGUCCUCAUGGCCUUUAUUCCCUUUGCAUUUUACAAAGACAUCGUAGCUGCCACGUCUGGAGGAGGCAAUCGCGACGUGACGAUACCCAGCAUACUCAGUCAGGUCGACACCGGUCGUCUACUGCACCGAUUCCCCCAUUCGAAGCUCUCCUCAUAUCAAUCCGCUCUGAACACACUCCAAGCGACGACAAUUCUAGGAUUGGCCGACGAUAUACUAGACCUGCGAUGGCGGCACAAAUUCUUCAUUCCAGCCGUUGCAUCCUUGCCACUACUGAUCGUCUAUUACGUCGACUUUGGAGUGACUUCCGUGGUGGUGCCAAAUUUCCUUCUCCGAUACAUGCCUCAUGGAGUACGUCUCAUAGACCUCGGACCAUUCUACUAUGCAUACAUGUCUGCACUAUCGAUCUUCGCUCCGAACAGCAUCAAUAUUCUCGCCGGCAUAAACGGCAUCGAAGUCGGCCAAUCGAUAGUCGUCGCCGGCCUUCUAGUCCUCAAUUCAUCACUCUACCUUGUGCCUUUUUCUGGCAAUCCCGUCCUUACCAACAACGCAAACAGUACGACUUACACACCUCAUCCCGCCACCGACUCCCACCUCCUAUCUCUGUACAUCCUCCUGCCCUUCCUCGCCAUCUCUUUGGCCUUGUACAUCCACAAUCGCUACCCAGCUCGAGUCUUCGUAGGCGACACAUACUGCUACGUCGCAGGCAUGACCUUCGCAGUCGUCGCGAUACUAUCGCACUUCAGCAAAACCCUCCUACUCCUCCUAAUACCACAAAUCUUCAACUUUGUCUACAGUGUACCACAACUCUUCAAGCUCGUCCCCUGUCCACGACAUCGACUUCCAAGAUUCAACGCCCGCACUGGCCUUCUCGAACCAAGCGUCACGCCCUGGGAAGCAGAUAAACAGCCGAAGCCAUACCUUAUGGCGGCGUUUAACCUGCUAGAACGAUUCGGCCUCCUCCAAAUCACUCGACAAGCAACCGUAACCGCCAAGAGCAACACCACAGCAUCACCAAUCGAAACCUCGAACGGCCACCUCCGCAAAUCAUCCUCAGUAAUCUCCCUCUCUCAGAGCCCAACAAUAUCCACGCCACCACGUUCAGCGUCACCUCUUCCACAAACCACCACGAAGCCUGGUGCGACAGGCCGUAUUGUCGCAACCUCAAACCUCACAAUCAUAAACUUGUAUCUCGUGCAUAGGGGUCCACUACGUGAGGAUCAACUAUGUAGGGAACUGUUGCUCUUGCAGGCUGCUUGUGGGCUUUUGGGCCUGUUCAUACGACAUAAGCUUGCGAUGUUCUUGUUUGGAAUGGAUAAUCGUCCUGUUGGUGGGGUUUGGAGUUUGGUUUGA